AUGGUUCGAAAGAAAAUAGACAACAGAAUCCGUGUCUUGACAGAAAAUGGGGUCAAACUGGGCCACAGGACUUUAUUCGUCAUCGUGGGUGACAAGGGCAGAGACCAAGUAGUGAUUUUACAUCAUAUGCUAGCAAAAGCUGAGGUUAAAGCUAGGCCUUCAGUUCUGUGGUGUUACAAAAAAGAACUGGGCUUCAGCAGUCACAGGAAAAAGCGUAUGAAACAGGUUCAGCACAAAAUCCAAGCUGGAAAGCUUAGUAUAAAUGAGGAUGAUCCAUUUGAAUUAUUCCUUGCAUCUACUAAAAUACGAUAUUGCUACUAUUCAGAAACACAUAAAAUUCUGGGUAAUACCUAUGGGAUGUGUGUUCUUCAAGACUUUGAGGCUUUAACCCCAAAUUUACUUGCACGUACCAUUGAAACAGUUGAAGGUGGGGGCUUAGUAGUGCUUCUAUUACGCUCAGUGGCUUCCCUCAAACAACUUUAUACCAUGAGUAUGGAUGUUCACCAACGUUUUCGAACAGAGGCUCAUCAAAAUGUAGUGUGUAGAUUCAAUGAAAGAUUCCUCUUGUCCUUAGCUUCUUGUAAAAGAUGUUUAGUGGUAGAUGAUCAGUUGUCUGUUCUGCCAAUUUCCUCACAUAAUUUGCAUGUUAGUCCAGUAGAAAAUGUGCAAGAAAUCAGUGAGAAUGAGACUGAACUGACUGAUUUGAAAGAACAAUUACGUGAUACCCAACCAGUAGGGAAUCUAGUAAAUUUAUGCAAAACUCUGGAUCAAGCAAAAGCUUUGCUUAAAUUCAUAGAGGGCAUUUCAGAGAAAACAUUGAGAUCCACUGUGUCUUUGACAGCCUCUAGAGGUAGGGGUAAAUCAGCUGCACUAGGCCUAGCAGUUUCAGCAGCUGUAGCUUUUGGGUAUUCCAAUAUUUUUGUCACUAGUCCAAGUCCUGAGAAUUUGAAUACUUUCUUUGAGUUUGUUUUCAAAGGAUUUGAUGCUCUGGAAUAUCAGGAGCACAUUGAUUAUGGAUUGGUUCAGAGUACUAAUCCUGAAUUCAAUAAGGCCAUUGUAAGGGUCAAUAUUUUUAGGGAUCAUAGGCAGACAAUACAGUAUAUUCACCCUACAGAUGCUCAGCGCUUGUCUCAAGCUGAGCUUCUAGUGAUAGAUGAAGCUGCAGCUAUCCCUCUACCUUAUGUGAAAGCCAUGUUAGGUCCUUACCUGGUGUUUUUGGCAUCCACCAUCAAUGGCUAUGAAGGUACAGGGCGCUCAUUGUCCCUGAAAUUGCUGAAUCAGCUGAGAGUUCAAGCUGCACCAGUUGGUGCAAAUACCAAUGCUGUGAAUAAGAAGGAUUCUGGGGCUGCAACUGGUAGAACCCUACAUGAGGUAACUUUGAACGAAUCUAUCCGUUACAAACCUGGAGAUGAUGUUGAAACUUGGCUGACGCGGCUGUUAUGCCUAGACGCCACCUUUGUGGCCCCCAUUUUGUCGGGUUGUCCUCCUCCUGACAGCUGCGACUUGUAUUACAUCAACAGAGACACACUCUUCUGCUAUCAUAAGGCUUCUGAGGAGUUCUUGCAGAGAUUGGUGGCAUUGUACGUUGCUUCACAUUAUAAGAAUACGCCGAACGAUCUGCAAAUGAUGUCAGAUGCGCCGGCUCACCACUUGUUCUGUCUCUUGGGGCCCGUGGAUCCAAAGAGGCGGACCUUGCCGGAAGUUUUGGUGAUUAUUCAGGUUUGUUUGGAAGGAGAGAUUUCCAAGAGUUCUGUCCAAGAGGGGUACUCUAGGGGCAAACGGGCAUCAGGAGAUUUGAUACCUUGGACUAUUGGACAGCAGUACCAAGAUCAUGAUUUUCCUAGGCUAUCUGGAGCUAGAAUUGUCAGAAUUGCCACACAUCCUGAUUAUCAAGGGAUGGGUUAUGGUGGUAGAGCUCUAGACAUCCUCAAAAGAUACUAUGAAGUCAAAAUACCCAGCAUAGAAGAAGUUACUCAACCUACAAAAGAAGAAAUAGAUAAUGUAGAUGAUUCUGAAGUCGAUUUACUAGAAGAAUCCAUUGAACCUCGUAAAGAAUUACCACCUUUGUUACUGAAACUUAGUGAGAGGCCUCCAGAGAGACUGGACUAUUUGGGAGUGUCGUUUGGGCUCACAGAACAACUGUUGAAAUUCUGGAAAAAAGCAGGUUACACUCCAGUUUAUCUAAGACAGACCACGAACGAUUUGACUGGCGAACAUUCGUGUAUCAUGCUCAACGUUCUGAACGUCGAGAAUAUCAAAGAAGAUCACUGGUUGGCAGCUUACUGGCUGGAUUUCAGAAGGAGAUUCAUCAAUUUGUUGUCGUACCAGUUCGGCAAAUUUUCACCGGCUUUGGCACUAGGGAUGUUGUCAAACAAAGCAGUUAAGCUCAAAACUAAAGAUCUGGGUGCACAAGAAAUGGAGAUUCAUUUCACGAAAUAUGACAUCAAGAGAUUGGAGAUGUACAGCAAUAAUUUGGUGGAUUAUCAUCUCAUCAUGGAUUUGAUGCCUACACUUUCGAAAUUAUACUUUUCAAACAAAAUGGGGGAUGUUCAGAUGUCUGCUGUCCAAUCUGCUAUAGUCGUGGGUCUGGGCCUGCAACACAAAACAGUGGAUGAUUUGGCCACAGAACUCGAACUUCCGGCCACCCAACUGUUGGGUCUCUUCAACCGGCUGAUCAGGCGUUUCGUCCAAUAUUUGAACAGGACCCUCGAACAGGACUACGAGAAGGCGUGGGCGCCGCGCAAAGACGUCGAAAUGGCGCCCGUGGCAGAGAGCAUGCGCGACGAGCUGGAGGCGGCCGCCGACGAGCUGCGGCGGAAGCAGAAGAAGGAGCUGGCGAAGCUGAAGCAGCAGAACCUCGACCAGUUCGCCAUCAAGGGCAGCGAGCAGGAGUGGGACAAAGUGCUGACGGGGAAGAGCAAGAAGAGCAUCAUCACUGUGAAGAGUGGGGAGAAAAGGCUUCAUGAGGAUGACACUAAUGUAGUGACCGAAGAUCCAGAGCCAACAACGAAAAAGAAAAAGAACCAGAAGAAAAAGAAUAAGAGAAAUAGUUUGUAG